CCUCCACAGCAUUGUGAACACCUCCACAGCAUUGUGAACACCAGAAACAGAUUGAACCCUUCUAAUAGCCUACCGAACUGCAUGAAACAAGUUAAAAUGGGUUUGUUUUACAUUCUGUCAAACUGGGCCUGUUAUGCUAUUUGCUAUAGUUUCCUUCUGAUUGCAGUUGCGUUCCUUGUAUAUUGUUUGUAUAUCAAACACAUUCACAUGAAAUAUGAUCAUAUCCCUGGCCCACCAAGAGACAGCUUUUUAUUUGGGCAUUCAACAACAGUGUUGGAGGAAACACGAAGUGAUAGAAAUCUUCACGACAAAUUCCUACAGUGGGCUGAAAUGUAUGGGCCAGUCGUUAGGAUUAAUACACUUCACGUUGUUGCAAUACUUGUGACAUGUCCAGAGGCUACUAAGGAGAUCUUGAUGUCCUCCAAGUACCCUAAAUCUAAAAUUGUAUUCAAACAACUCCAUGGACUUUUUGGAGAAAGGCUGUCUCUUGCACAAAGGCUCUCCCGCUCGCUCCAACCAGAAUUUUGAAGAGGUAUAAUGGGCGCCGCGCCAAGGUAGACAAAGUCAGAGUAAACAGUCAUUUUUUUUCCAUGCUUAUUCUGAUCAAGUUAUAAUUGAGAAUGUAAUGUGGGAGAAAGUAUUGGUUCAUUCAACCCUUUUUUUAUUUGUAAUUUCCAAUUCUCCAAAUCGUACACACUUUUCUCUAUUCCCCCAACAUAGGUUUCUUGGAAAUGGCUUGGUUACAGCUACCGAUCAUGAGCAGUGGUAUAAACAACGACGGAUUAUGGACCCUGCCUUCAGCAGUCUGUACCUCAGGGGUCUGAUGGGGACCUUCAACGACAGGGCAGAAAACCUCAUGGAUGAACUCACAAAGUUAGCAGACAGCAAAAAAGAAGCAAAGAUGCUCCAGUUGGUCAACCGUGUGACCUUAGAUGUCAUCACCAAGUUGGCCUUUGGAAUGGACUUGGAUCUCCACAAAAACCAUGAAUCACCUUUCCCUAGAGCCAUUGAGACGUGCCUGAAAGGCAUGGUUCCUUACGUCCGAGACAUGUUUUUUCAGCUAAACCCAAAAAACCGGCCGUUCAUCAAAGUGGUGAGGGAGGCGUGCCAGCUUCUGCGGACCACAGGGGAAGCCUGGAUCUCCAAACGGAGAACCGCCAUCCAAAAUGGUGAAGAUGUACCCAAAGACAUCCUCACUCAGAUCAUCAAAUCAGCUGGACAAGUAGAGGAAAUGACUAAAGAAGAUGAGGAUCUUAUGUUGGACAACUUUGUGACGUUCUUCAUUGCGGGGCAGGAAACUACAGCCAAUCAGCUUGCAUUCUGCAUCAUGGAACUAGCAAGAAACCCUGACGUCAUGGGAAAAGCGCAGAAAGAGGUGGAUGCUGUUCUUGGAAUGAAGCAGGAGAUUAGCUAUGAUGAUUUGGGAGAGCUGACCUACCUCUCACAGGUGCUGAAGGAGACCCUUAGGAUGUAUGCCACGGCUCCGGGAACUUCUCGUGAUUUGCCGGAGGACAUGACAAUCAGUGGUGUUCACGUACCUGCAGGAGUUAUGUGCAUGUUUGACUCCUACGUCUGUGGGAGGAUGGACAAAUUCUUCAAGGACCCACUGACGUUUGAUCCGGACCGGUUUCAUACUGACGCUCCCAAGCCUUACUACUGUUACUACCCCUUCGCUCUCGGACCACGCUCCUGUCUGGGACAGAAGUUUGCACAGAUGGAGGCUAAGGUGGUGAUGGCCAAGCUGCUUCAGAGGUUUGAGUUCAGCCUGGUGCCAGGACAGUCCUUUGACAUCCUGGACACUGGAACCUUGAGGCCUAAGAGCGGGGUCGUUUGCAACAUUGCACACAGGAAUCCCAACAUGUGAAACUUUAUUUUGCAAUGAGCAAUUCUUCAGGUGACCUCUCUCUUGGGGCAGGUGGGAAUCGGUUAGCGGGACUCCUAGCGAAAAAUAUACCGGGUUUGAUUCCCAACGACUGAAAUCUACCUGGUGCAUCCUUGAGAAAGAUGGCUCAAUCAAAUUCAUCAUUGUUUACUGAUUUUCCGCCAGCACGCAGCAUAGACCCAUAGAAGCUAUACAUAUGGUCUGCUACUAACUACAUGAUUCUCCAUCACGGAUCUUCAUCAACUAUUGUUUGUUAUGCCUAUACUGAGCUUCGAUUUAGUCACGUUUUUCUGCGAUAUGUCGAUGUCUUGCAGGAUUCUCUUGCUCGCCAGCUCUAUCCGUCUGUAACGUGUAUAAGAAAUACUUUGAAUAUUUUAUUGAAUUUCCUGCUGAAAUAUGUAUAUCAGUGGCGGCUGGUGGUUUUUAAAGUGAGGAAGGACUGCACGCUUGUUUGCCAUUGGCCUGCUUGCACAGUUGGUGUAUAUGGCGGCAUAAGAAUGUGAGACUCAAGUUGUUUCCGGGUGUUUUGGUGAACCACAACAUAGUAGGGAGGGAUAGUUAUGUGAAUAAAAUUGAUACAAAGCCACCAGUGGCAUCACUGUAAUUUGAAAGGCAGCAUGUCUCUGAAAUGGACUACAAGGGCAGAAGGAAAGGAUGCAAAGCCCAGUAGUCAAAUCAGGCCUAAUCUGGAUUUGUUAAAGUAAAUAAAAAAACCUGGGCCUAUUUUUGCCCUCAAUGACUGAAGUUAUUGGUUGUAAUUUAGCUAUGUCGCAUAGCAGCACCAACAUGAACUUGACACUUGUCGUUGCGUUUGGUUGCCCUAUCAAGAUUUUUCACAUCAGUCAAACCAUGAACAGCCCACGUUGGAGAUUUGCCAUUAUUCAUUAGCAAACAGGGACAGCAAUACAGUCGAUUGCUAGUAAUGCUACCAGUAAGCCAUGAGUACCUAGCAAACCAUGUAGCACCCACAACACUGACGAUGCCAUUACAUUUGGUGAUCUCGAUUUUGCGAAGUGGAAGUGGUCUGCCUUUUUCUUUGGUCGCUAACUUAGCACUGUAACUCAAUGAAUGGAAUGCUUUGUAAUUAAACAUGAACAAUGUCCUCUGUU